AUGGAAAAUUUCACGUUUAUCCGUGCUAUCAAUACUAUGAGUAUUGAAGGUGCCUCCAACCGACGCGAUGCUUGGGCCGAACUGGGGGUAACUGGGGUGAUGGGGGCCACUGAGAGGAAGCUCCCCGACGCGGCGGACUUGGAGUCCGCCAAGGCGUCCCUGGCAGCAGCGCAGGAGGAGCUCAAGAACAUCGAGACCGAGGCGAGGGACGACGAGCGCCUGAAGAUCGCCAAAGCGGAAGACGAAGCGCAGCGGGAGGUGGAGGAUGCGCUGAUCGGGGCCAAGGAGCGCGCCUUGCGGCAGCCCCACACUUUGCGUCGCAAUGGCCUUACCUUUGAUGAGGCAAUCUCCCACACUGACGGCCUCAAACUUGUUCGCCUGGAGAAGCCCCUCAUUGUACACAAAGAGCCGGGCUGCAUCACGGUCGGAGAUCUUCCGGCCAAGGAUGAGAUCACGGACGAGAUAAAGAAAAAGGUGCAGUUCCUGGAUGUACUCAUGAACUGGGAGGGUGAGUUGGAUUUCAAGAAGAUCGAAGAGUUGUUUUUCCAACAGCGCUACAGUGAUCUCCCACAUCCCAUCCGUAUGAACGGUCAAAACGAAACGCCCUACGACAUGCAGGUUUUCAUCGUUUCCAAAGGAGAAACCAAGUGGGAUAUCGUCAAGCACAUUAAGUUCGCUGAAGGGUCAAAAGUGCUGCGCAGCACUAUCCGCAGCAUGUGCACAGGGAGGGCCCUCGAGAUCGACUAUUGCAAGCAGUACCGAGAGGGCGGUCGUGCUCUGCAAUACCUUCUCGAGGCCAUGGGCGGUUUCCAGGUACGUUACCAAAAGCUGAUUCCAGCUGGUAGCUCCACCAAACCGGUGAAAGAGACAGAGGACAUUCGAAAGGGGUUUGCCUUCAUCCGUGAAGCAGGGCCGGAAGAGAACAGUGACGGUCAAUUCACUUCUUGGACUGAAGAGCAGGUGAAUGAUCCCAAUGGGCCACUUUUCAAAUGGGACAAGGGAACCAUCAAGGAGUUCCUGCGCUGCCUUGCUGACAAAGGCUCGCAGGCAAACACUAUCCAAGAUUGGCCCCUCACCCUGAAGAGCUUUACCCCGUGGGCCCUCAACACAAUCUUCGCACCCAUCUUGCCUCGCAUCCUGGAGCACGCAGUCAUUCUGAUUGGCAAGUCAGAGGUCGGCAAGAGCCCGACGGCCUACACUCUGGCGAACUUGGCUUCUGCAUUCUGGCUCCUUCAGAAGGGUCGUGAACAUGAGAAGCCAUCAUUCCAAAGCUGCAACCACCUGGACUAUUUCCGAAAGGAGAGAGGCCGUACAACAAAGCCAAGAGUCUUCGACGAUGGCAAUUUCAAUUUGGAGUCUCCGGCCUCGGUCAAAGCUGUCACAGAAGUGACAGGCUUUGAAAGGAAGACCAUGGCCCGCUGGAACGCUUCUUCGUACGAGAAGAACCAGCUUUUCGUCGUCUGCUCCAACCCCUACGACCGAUCAGCUGAGCCCGCCUUGCCGCCCCAAACAAACAGCGACACGGUGUCCUUUGAAGUCUUCUACAAGCUUGUUAGGCCCUCUUUCCACAAGGACUUUGACGAGGAAGACUUGAUGGGUGUCUUCAAACGCUCGGUCAUGAUCGUCUUCACUGACAUCGGCAUCUAUGUUCGCUCGCCCGGCACACACCGCGACCCCAUCAAGCGUGUAGCCUGGCCCGACAAAGAUUUUGGGGUAGUCUCUCUCACAGCAAGGCCUACACUGUCCGCUUACCUGAAGGGCCACCUGCAACAACUCCCACCAAAUCAUGCGGAGGACACGCAGUGGAGUUUGAAUCUUCUUCAGGCGGCCCUCGACGGAGAAGAAGUGCCCCUCUGCUACACGGUGACAGGCAAAGAAUUCUCCACCGGGAAGAAGUACCUCAAUGAGGUUCGCCCUGAUUUGGCAGGGAUUUCUGGCAGUACCACUCACUACUUCGAGGACAUCCCUGAGUCAACUCAACCACCCACAAAGAAGCUCCGGUCUGUGAAAUCGUCCAGCUCCCUGCUCGCAUCUUCCAACGCUGCACCAACAACCGCAUCUGCAGCAUCGUUCGUGGCAAAGGACAAGGUGCGUGUGAAGCAAGAGCCCACGGACGCCUUGCAGAAGUCCAUCGCCUUCAAGAAGAAACUCGGCAGCCGCACGUUGCAAAUCAAUCUCUCCAGCUCAUCAGAGAAGGAGGACACGAAACAGACGUCGUCGCCUCUCCACGCCGAGAUCAAGCAGUCCCCGCCCCAUCCGGAUUCCACCGCUGAUGGAUUCUUGCCGUCGCCAAACACACAUGCAGAGGCAGGAACUUCUGCAGUGGACUUCACGAAUGAUGAGAUGGAUGUUGCCUCCAACACUUCUCAAGAGGAUCCAAUGAAGAAUCUUCCGGACGAACACGAUCUUGAAGCAGAGAACCUCGGCAGGACCUUCUCACAACAGCUCGAUGACUUCGUGGACAACAUGCCGUCAGAGUGA